CGGCGUAUGCGAUGCCGUUAUAGUCGCGAAUGAACCGCUAACGAACCGUCUUUCGCUUUUGGAUCGACGGCCAUUUGCUCAUCUUUACACAUCUUUACUCCGGUCUGUUCGGCUCCUAUAUUCCAUACUUAUCAAGACACAAAUCGCAUGGCGAUGCGGUUUAUCUGCCCCGAACCUUUGUCAACGGCAGCCUGAAGUCUGAGAGAUUCCUCCGAUCUCGCUAUCUAUGUCACGCCGCGCCUAACCCCGGGAUUACUUUUAGGCAGUUUUAAGUUUGCAUCGUAUCUCGUCGCGCGUCAGCUGCUCGUUCUCCUCCAUCAUGUGGCCCUGUGGAACGCCCGGGGCGUUUGAUCUAGGCGACGCCUGUGUGCGUCAAUCGUGGGCCACACUGACGCCCUUGUUCGUCGUCGUCCUUGUCGUGUCCGCCGGCUCGAAGCGCUCGCCGCUCCGGUCCUGGCGCUUUCCUUCACGCUUCAACGGCUUGUUUUUCACAUUCCUGACGUUGGAAGAGUCUGAAGCGCUUGUCAAUGCUGCGAAUACGAAGGGGGAAGUCACUCCCGGCCGCGGAGAGCAGGCCAAUCGACGCCGGAAGAGAGUGGUGGUCUGGCGGUCGAUGAUUUUGGCGUUUGGUGGGCUGGUUGAGAGUCUGGGGUGGGUCGCCGCGGCGGCUAUCUGCUUAUUGCGCUCCCAGUCGAAAUCGCUCCUCACGGAACCAGCUGCGGCGCACUUGUAUCUCACGGCAGUGUCUUGGGUGUAUGCGACGGCCCGCCCGAUCGCCGCUCCGCCAGCUACUGUGCCAUAUGAUUUGUUCACGCUGUAUGUUCUGCAUGCAGCGGGCGGUCUGCUCCUGCUCGGGGGCUUGCUCUUUGAAUAUGUAGUUGGAGUCGCACCGUUGCCGAGGACACUGGUCCUUGUUGGUCUGUCAGUGAACUUGGUCAUCAUCUUCGUGCUGUUGGUGGUGGUGGUGCAAAUGCCCAAUAACGUGCCAUCAGAGCGCGUCGACGAAGGAGAAAUCGGCCGGAGCGUGUCCCCCGAAGAUUACACUACUCUUUGGCAAUGGAUCACCUUCGAUUGGGUUUAUCCCCUCAUCAAAGUGGGAACGAAAGGAACCCUGCAAGAGUCUGACGUGUGGGGACUGAGCCCAACGAUGCAGUCACGACCUGUUUUCAUCAAGUUCCAGACUCUGCCACCCGGAGCAUCCCUUCUCCUUCGUCUCUUCAUCGCCAACUCUCAAGAUCUGUUGUUGGAUGGAAUAGGGACGUGGAUCGCUGUUGUGCUCGAGUAUGCCGGCCCUUUCUUCCUCAAGCGUCUCCUGGAUCUCCUGGAUCAACCUGAUGUGAGCAGAGAAGACAGAGGCACUGCAUACGUCUAUGCUGGAGCUAUGUUCCUCGCCUCGUUGCUCAAGUCCCAAGCCAGCCUCAACAAUCUCUGGUUCUGCAGACGGGCCGUGCUUCGGAUCCGCUCGCAGCUCAUGGCCGCGAUCUACGACAAGGCCCUGAAACGAAAAGACUACAGCGCACUGAUCAACUCGGAUUCAAAAGAGCAAGAGGGUGCGACAAAGUCGGCCUCCGAUACCGGCAAGAUCAACAACAUGAUGGCCAACGACGCGGAGAAUAUCUCGCUCUAUGUCUCUAUAUGCUUCAUCUUGUACACCGCGCCUUUCCAAAUCGCGAUUGGCGCCUACCUGCUGUACCAGACUCUCGGAUGGAGUGCCUUCACGGGUUUUGCGGCGUUCUUCGCCUGCUGGCCGCUCAGUGACUAUCUGACCAAGCAAGGGUACAAGAUCGGACAAGAGCGUUCGAAGGCGACGGACAAGCGGAUGGCGGUGGUCGACGAGCUCAUCGGGAGCGUCAAGUUCAUCAAAUUUUUCGCGUGGGAGGAACAGUGGAUCGGCCGCGUUCUAUCGGCGAGAGCAGAAGAGCUGCGGUGGCUGGCCAAGACCCGGAUGAACUCGGUUUUCUUUAGCGGACUAUGGAUUUUCGUCCCCGUUUCGCUUUCCCUGACGUCUUUCUUGGUAUACGUCUGGAUUGGGAACGAGUUGACAGCCGGAAAGGCUUUCACGGCCAUAGCCCUCUUCACGAUGAUCCGCCAGCCUUUGAACGCUUUCCCAUCCCAAAUUGUCCAAUUCGUACAAGCUGGCGUGGCUCUGAACCGUAUCGCUGUUUAUCUGCAAGAAGACGAGGUGUCCGAGCAAGUAUCCUCGCUCAAACACGGAUCGGAGCCUACCGAUGGGGAAACAGGCCUCGGACUGGUUGGCGCUACUCUGCAAUGGAACAGCGUCGAAUCGGAAACGACGCCGAUCCAGUCAGCGGCAUCUAGUGUCACGGACUUGCAUACCGUCGUUGGUGACAGCGCCGCUCGGAAGUUCGAGCUCAGCGACGUCACCGUCAGGUUCCCUGAGGGCAAGUUGACAGUCGUCACUGGGCCAACUGCCAGCGGGAAAACAGCGUUACUUAUGGCGCUGAUGGGCGAAAUGACGCUUCUCCCGGGCGGGAAAGUGGUGCUCUCGAAGAGCUCGGCGGUGGACGAGCACGGGUUCGUGCAUGGCAUCGCGUAUGCCGCCCAGGCUCCGUGGCUUCAGCAUCGGACAAUCCGAGACAACAUCCUCUUCGGAUCCCCCAUGGACGAGGGGCGGUACAAACAAGUUGUGCACUGCUGUGCGCUGCAGCCCGACUUUGACAUGCUCGAGGACGGGGACGAGACCGAGAUCGGGCUGAAGGGCGUCUCUCUUUCUGGGGGCCAGAAAGCCAGAGUGGCACUUGCGCGAGUGGUGUAUUCGCGCAAGAAGUAUGUUCUUCUCGACGAUCCGCUCAGUGCCGUCGACAGUCACACCGCUCGCUUCUUGUACGAGAACUGUCUGCUGGGGCCACUGCUCGCCAACCGGACUGUGAUUCUAGUCACUCAUCAUGUCGAUCUCGUUGCACCAGGUGCCCAUUACCUGGUGCGGAUGCUCGAUGGGCGGAUCGACGUGCAAGGCACCGUGCAGGACCUACGCUCGCAGGGAGUGCUGCAGGAGAUCGAAGAUGAAGAAGCUGUUGAAGUUGCCGAGCACGAAGACGAAGUCUCGGCAGAAGCCCCGGACGCAGCCCCUGGCGAAGAACCUGCCAAGAAGCCUCGGAAGCUUGUAGAGGACGAAAAGCGCGAAACGGGGAGCGUCAAAUGGUCGGUGUACCAGGAAUACCUCGCCGCGUCGAGAUACUCGAACUGGAUCAUCCUUGCUGUUCUGGUCAUCUUGCAGCAGCUCAGUGGUGUGAGCGAGAAGCUGUGGAUCAAGAUCUGGGCCGAUGCGUAUGGUGGACCUUCGGAGUUGCCCGCGAGCACUUUCGUGCUCCAAGCACCCGGAGAACAACAACACAUCAUUCUCACACGGUCGAUCGGAGCAGCGCAGACCCUGCCGAACGCAUCGGCGAGCCCGUUUUUCUACAUUGCGAUCUACGCAGCCAUCGGCCUGUGUGGGAUUGUGCUGCAGGUGUCGACCAUAGCGCUCCAGCUGUCCGCUGCCUUGACUGCAUCGAGAGUCCUCUUCGAGCGACUUUUAGUCCAGGUGGUGCGCGCGACGUUCCGGUUCCAUGAUACCACACCACAAGGUCUCUUCCCAACUGGAUGCUCUCUGGACGUCACUGACAAUCGGAAAUCAGGACGGAUGCUGAAUCGAUUCAGCAACGACUUUGCGGCUAUCGAUACACGCCUGGCGGGAUCCCUGCAGGCGGUGAACUCGUCGUUGUCGGGGUUCAUCGUCGCCGUCAUCACUGUCGCGGUCGUGUUCCCGCCGUACAUCCUGCCCGCGGUCGUCAUCGCGUAUCUGUACCAGCGGCUCGCUGUCGGGUACAUCAACACGGGCCGGGAUCUGCGUCGGAUCCAGGCGAACUACCGCUCGCCGAUCUUCUCCAACUUUGGCGAGGUGUUGAGCGGGAUCGUGACUGUGCGAGCGUUCUCGGCAGAGGAGAGGUUUAUGGAUAGUCUGCAUGCGCAGGUCGAUAAGAUGACGGAGGUGUGGUAUGCGUUCUGGAUGACGAACCGAUGGUUGCUCCUGAAUUUCGAUUUCCUCGUUCUGACGUCCACUGACGCUGUGUUCACGACCUCGUUGUUUGCGAUUGCGAUGCUCGAUAACGAUGCUGGACUGGCUGGACUUGCUAUCACCUCUGCUUUGAACUUUACGCAAAGCGUAUACUGGGCAUGCCGCUUCUGGACGAUGCUCGAGCUUGACCUCAAUUCCGUCGAACGGAUCAUCGAGUACAUGGAUUUGCCGCAGGAACCGACUGCGGUCAUUGAAGCGACCCGGCCGCCCGCAUACUGGCCCUCGAGCACCACGAAGAAUGCAUUGGUCGUGGCUGAGAACGUGGAAGUCAGAUACAGUGCAGAGCUGCCUGCGGUUCUGAAGGACGUGUCGUUUGAGUUCAGGGCCGGUGAACGCAUCGGGCUGGUUGGCAGGACGGGGAGCGGGAAGAGCACACUUGCGAUGAGUCUGCUGAGAUUCGUGGAUCCUUCGAGCGGGCGGAUCUUGAUUGACGGGAUCGACACCUCGACGAUCGGUCUGCACGACCUCCGGUCACGUGUUGUGUUCAUCCCCCAGGACGCGACGCUGUUUUCUGGGACGUUGCGCGACAACCUGGAUCCGUUUGGGGAGCUCGAGGACAGCGUGUGCCUCGAUGCGCUGCGCCGGGUGCACCUGAUCGGAGACGACUCGGGCUUCAAAACAGCUGUGCCGCCGCCGCCGUCGUCGUCGCCGGCACUGGCGCUCGACACGGCGGUCUCGGCUGGGGGGUCCAACUUCUCCUCGGGGCAGAGACAACUGAUCGCCAUGGCCCGGGCACUGCUGCGCCAGAGCGCGAUCGUGAUCAUGGACGAGGCCACGAGCAGCGUCGACUUCGCCACAGACGCCAAGAUGCAGGAGACGAUCCGGUCCGAGUUUGGCGGCGCGCUGCUCAUCACCGUCGCCCACCGGCUCAAGACCAUCAUCGACUACGACCGGCUGCUCGUCCUCGAUAAUGGACGCGUCGUCGAAUUCGACACCCCGUCAAAGUUGAUGCAAAAACCUGACGGUGUUUUCCGCGGGAUGUGCCUCAAAAGCGGCACUUUUGCGGAGCUGGAGGCGAUUGCGAAGGCGAAAGCAGCCAGUGCCACAUAGUGGGCUAGAAUGGGACGAUAAACACAUCACAUCUAGUCCGCUGUUUAACGCGGUUCCUUAGAUUAACCACAACGUCUCAGUUUUGACGAGGCAAUGAGGACUGAACGCGCGCGUCUGAGUCGCAUGCGAAUCAUGUGAUACAGCACUCUGUUUGGAGUAAAGUUCCCUUGUGAAAAGCUGUUUUCCCGCUGUCGGUCAAUCUGCUUUCACAGCUAUUGCUUUCUAAACAUCGGGGCUGGGGUAACGCAACACUCUUACACUGACUACAUACUCGAGUGACGGCGUCUACAUUACAUUCCCACGCUCAUACCGGAGGCACGAGUCCAGGGAUGGAUGGAUUGAGAAUGGAGCAGUACGUGCUAUGCGAUGCGGGAAUCCGCUAGAAUCACCCAAAUGAGUGUUCUGUUCAGGGUCCGCCGUUGACUUCCAUUUUCUCCUGCUUCCAUGCGACAAAGUCGUCUAACAGGGUGGGCCAGGCCUGGGUGACGCAGAUAAUAAGCGUGUGGAGGUGGGGAGGAGACCGCGACCUACACCGUCAGCUUCAUAGUCCUGCAGUGUGGGCUUGACGGUCCGACAGAACUCCAGCAUCUGAGAACGUCUGAGUCACGCGCAGAACGCAAGGGAGGUGGCGGCAAGGCAUACCAUGCUCCAGAGAUCCUUGUUCGUAGCCUUUGAUGAACUCCAGGACCUCCUUCAUGAUGGGGAACUGGGGCAGCAGCAGCACCGACCAGAAAGCCAUCGACGUCUAUCGGGCACGUGAGCGGGCGAAUCGGGACACACGGCGAAGGUCCUCACCUCCAUAUCAAUGUUCCUCGAUUGCCUGCCAAGCUCAGAUACAGGGUGGGGGGCGCGAAAAGAAGUGGACGCACUCUGGUUUAGCCAGGUUGAAGCAGAAUGUGUACAGAGACCCAAACGCCUUCUUCACGUCAGCAGCAUACCUGGUGUAGGCGGUCUUGUCGUAGGCAUCCUUCCUACCAGCCUUCACCGCCGGCUCACCCCGGAUGAGCAAGCUGUCCAAGUCAGAAACAGCCAUGCAGAGGGGGGCGCAGGACGAGAUCCUGAUAGAUCAGGAUGUCAGGCAGGAACAGUGUUGAUCGUGCGCGAGACGCACUUGAGCGCGCCCAGUCCCUUCGUCCAUUCCUCCCGCGUGAACUUGCCCAUGUCCUUCGCGUUGAGCUGCCAUGCCAGGAUCAGCGGCCCCGCUCCUUCCAAGGAUAUGUCUGCGUCCGUGCAUAGCCGUUCGAACCCCUCGGGUCCGAUGACGUUGCGGUCAUCCUCGUCUGUGUAUUGCGCAAAUAGUUUCACGCAGCGAUCUGCGCUGUACGAUUCGAUCUUGGACAUGGGGGGCUCGGGCUUGACGAGUGUGGGCACGGGUGCGGCUACGGGCGGAGGGGGGGCGAUGGAUGAGUGUGUGGUUAGCGAUUCCGGUGUGAGAUGGACGGAAGAUCGCGAUGGAGGUUGG